GCGGGUUUGAAAAGGCUGACCGAAUACUAACCGAAGGAGAAAGGGAAGAAACUAAUUUAUUAGUCAAUAAACUUACCAGAAUACCAGCUCCUACUCAGGAAGAGCAACAAUUAUUAGCUCAAUUAUACCUCACUACUGAACAAUUUAUUGCGCUAUCCCAGCAAACUCCCUAUUUAACUCGCGAAGAAAAAGAAGCCAUAAACGAUAACUAUUUAUCGCUCAACUCGGCCCAAAAAUUACAGUUGCUUAAUUCCGGUUUAAACAAUUUAGGAAUUAAUAACCAAGCAAGAAAACAGAGAUUUGCCCAAUUAAACCAUACUCUUUAUCAAGAAAAAUCCACUUUUGGCUUAACAACCCAAGAAAAAGAAAAUAUUUUACGAUUUUUAAUGAAUACCUUAGAUUUAACCACUGAACAAAAAUCAGCCUUAGAAAAAAUGGGAAUUAAGCCUUAUAAUGCCUCCGACAAUCACUUAUUAAAGUUUGGUUUAGAGAAAAUUGAACUAAAUGAGGAGCAAAAAGCCGAAUUAGCCUUAAUUCACUCCGAUAACUUGCCAACUUUUCCUUUUACUGACCAACAAAAAAAUAUCCUGACUAGUUUAGCCCCAUUAACCCGCCAAGAUAAGUAUUCUGCCGAAAGUUUAGAGUUAUUAAACUCUUUAUCUUUAAAAUCCACUAAUCUAAACUUUUUCACUAAUGCGGAAAUAUUACCCAAUCCUAAUUUAGACUUUGGGGAAAGUAAGGAUACUUAUUUACCUUUAAAAAUUAAGUUCUUAUCAGGAGAACAGAAAACUUUAUUAGCCGAGAUUAAACAAAGAAAAAAGCAAGCUAAUCGAACUGAAAUCCAAGCCAAUAAAGAUUCUAUUCUGAUUUCUUUAUUAGGGAUUAGGAAAGACGAAAAUUUAGGAGAGGACACAAAAAAGAAAAUAAUUACUUAUUUUCAAGAGAUUAAGCAAACACCAAAAUUAUUUGGAUUAAACCUUUCUCUAGACAGAUGA